AUGAUGGCUUCUGAAGACACAGGCUUCGAUAUAUCCGAUGGCUUCGGCCUUCAGCGCCCUAGCUUCCAUAUUGGAUACCACAACUCGAACAGUGAUGAGCCCCUCACCGAUUUACAGUAUGGGCAUCUGCUCAACCAUGGUUUGGCCUUUGCGACGACUCCCAUCACCAACACUCACUUUCGAGAUCGUGUCUUUGCCCUGGUGUCUGAGCAUCUCUCUACCCUCUCCAACAAUGGUGAGAAGCCUAGCACUACAAUGACUGGCUCACGGGCAGAGCCUAUUCUGCCUCCCUUGACCCCCAAGGAUACAGGCCUGUUUCCUUGCGCUGCUGUCAACACUUACACGGCAGUCAUCAGCCCUUGGAUCGACCUCGGUUCUUCAAACCCCAUCAUCUCCAGUAUCUCUCGCCAGGUGCUGAACGUAGAGAUUAACUAUGCCAACUUCUGUGGUGUUCGCAGCAUUGUUAUCCCUGGACCUCGACAGGAUGCUUCCAGCGACGGCGGAAAUCAAAGUCUUGCCCAAUACUCUCGUGCCGUCGAAGAGGCUCUUACCAUUGGUAACCGACUCACGUUCUUAAUUCACAUGCCUAUGUACCGUGAGCCUGUUCAAGAGUCAGAGGAAAUCAGCAUCUCUUCGCUUGAUACGAAGACCCCUGACAAGGCUGAAGGAAAGGAAAUCGACCUCCUGGCUUCCUGGGAUUCAUGGCAUCAUAUCCGUAGUGUUUGCAAUUACAACACGAGGCUUUUCGUCUCUUUGGAAAUCCCUCGCGUGAUGCCCGAGAAGGAUCUCCAAGAUCGUUGGUUCGCUGAACCUUUGCAUUACCUAACACUCAGCCCAUCAACCUUCCAGACUAACAAAGCCGGUUUCCCUUCGUUAUCCAAACACCACCAGAACCUCAUCUUCUCAUACAUGAGAUUGAAGAACGUUCCAUGGAUCCUUCUUUGCGAUGCUGGGCCUGAUGUUUCUCACCUCAAGGAUAGUCCCCAGCCUCCGCCUCGUUCCCAGAACGAGUUUCCCAGUCUCCCCGAAGCAGAGGCGCAGAGCCAGUCCUCCAAGGGUCAAGCUUCCCAAAUCAAGUCCAACGACUACAUCUCGUACCUUCGAUGGCUCGAGGACCAGCAGCCCCCAUUCACAUACCUCGAGAGCCCAACCCUGACCAGUUUCCAGGAUUGGCUCCAGUCACCUCUUCAGCCCCUGUCGGACAACCUCGAGUCAGCCACGUACGAGGUUUUCGAGGGAGACCCGGUCAAGUAUAGCCAGUACGAGAUUGCGGUUUUUGAAGCUCUCACCGAGUGGAAGGAACUCAAGAAGCCUCUUUCUAAGGAGGGCAAGGUUGUUGUUGCUGUUGCAGGCUCUGGCCGUGGUCCCCUUGUUACUCGAGCGCUCAAGGCAUCUGAAGAUGCGGGAGUGCCCAUUGAUAUGUGGGCUGUUGAGAAGAACCCCAAUGCCUAUGUCUAUCUUUUGCGCCAAAAUGAGCUUGUAUGGGGUGGCAAGGUCAAGGUUGUCAAGACUGACAUGCGUGCUUGGAAGGGUCCUCUGGUUUCUGAGGAUGAGAAUGGACCUGUUUAUGGCAAAGUUGAUAUCCUCAUCUCCGAACUCCUUGGAUCUUUUGGUGAUAAUGAGCUGUCGCCUGAGUGCCUCGAUGGUAUCCAGCAUGUCAUUUCUACCCCUCAUGGCAUCUCGAUUCCAAGCAGUUACACAGCUCACAUGAGCCCGAUCUCUACACCGAAAAUCCACGCCGAUAUUCUCUCUCGGGUACCUGGGGACCCUAAUGCCUUUGAGACCCCUUGGGUCGUCCGUCUUUUCGCUCUUGAUUUUGUUGCUGAACGAGUGCCUAACAAGCCACGAUUCCAAGAGGCUUGGGAGUUCUCGCACCCCAUUCCUGAGUCGUCUCUUGCUGCUCUCGAGGCCAAGCGAUCUGGCGGUGUUGUUGGCGGUGGCGGUGGCAGCAUGGCAGGUGCUGCAGGUGCCAACGAUCAUAACUCGCGGUACUGCCAUCUCACAUUCGUCUGCCGAACUAGGGGCGUUACGCACGGUCUGGCCGGAUACUUUGAGUCAACACUGUAUGAGUCUCAAAUUCCCGAGAACAAGGGCGCGAAGAUUGAGAUUAGCACACACCCCGAACAUAUUGAUGACAAGAGCAAGGACAUGAUCUCGUGGUUCCCGAUCUUCUUUCCUCUCAAGAAACCUCUCUAUUUCCCAGCCGAUACUGAGCUCGAGGUUAGUAUGUGGCGCCAGACCGACGAUUCGAAGGUGUGGUAUGAGUGGCUGGUCGAGGCUUAUACAUGGGUUGGGCCGUCUACGCGCGUUAAGGUCGCCUCAUCAGACCUGUGCAGCAGCCGCCAGGUCGCUUGUUUGAUGUAA